GCAAUUUACUCUGGCAUUUAAAUUUUCAGGUUAUGUGUCAAUUUAUAACAAAAAAAAAAAAAAUAAUAACAAUACUUAAUCAUCAUCAUUAAUAAUAAUAUUAAAUAAAUUUUUUAUAAAUAACAACAAUUAUAAAUUUAAAUAAUGAAUAAUAUUGCAAAGCACAGUAGGGAUUAUGCCUUGAUGAUGUUAAAAUCAUUACCAAGAGUAUGUCUUGCAAAUUUACGUCCAAAUCCUGGUGAUAUGAAAAGAAGUAAACGAGGAAGAGGUCAACAUGGUGGUGAUAAACAUGGUGCUGGUAACAAAGGUUCUGGACAACGUCAAAAUUACAUGAGAUUGGGUUAUGAAACUGGUAAUGUACCAUUCAUGGUUAGAUUUGGUUACGAGCCAUACUACAAAGGUCAUCAUGUCAGAAGACAAUAUCCACCUUUGAGUCUUCAACAACUUCAAAUGAUGGUUGACACUAAUAGAUUAGAUACAACAAAACCAAUUGAUCUUUGUGCAUUAUUUAAUACUGGUUUGUUUAAAAUUGAUACAACCUUAAUGCAUUCUGGUGUACAUUUAACUGAUGAAGGAUCAAAUAUAUUUCAAGCUAAAGUACACAUUGAAGUACAAUGGGCAAGUGAAGCAGUUAUUGCUGCUAUUGAAAAAAAUGGUGGUACAAUAACAACAGCAUAUUAUGAUGUACCAAGUUUACGUGCACUUCAAGAUGCUGAAAAAUAUUUUCAAACUGGUAAACCAAUACCAAGACGUAUGUUACCACCAACAGAUUGUCUUGAAUAUUAUUCAAGUCCAGCAACAAGAGGCUAUCUUGCUGAUCCAGAUAAAAUAUCAUAUGAAAGACUUGUUUUAGCACAAAAAUAUGGUUAUACAUUACCAAAAAUUGAAGAUGAUCCAAAUUAUGAUAUUGUCACUGAAAAAAAAGAUCCAAGACAAAUUUUUUAUGGACUUGAACCUGGUUGGGUUAUUAGUAUGAAAGAUAAAUCAAUAUUAAAACCAACAGCUGAUUAUCUAAAAGAAUAUUAUGCAAAUUAAUAAAAAAUACAUUCUUGGUAUUUUUU